AUGGACGUGGACAGCGCCCCUUCGGGGGGCCACAACCAGCAGCACCCCAGCUCUGAAAGCACGCCUCAAGGUCAAGGAGCUCACGCGGGAGCUUCGGGAGCUCCAUCCCAGGGCAACCCUACCCCCACCUCAGUCCAGUCCUCUAAUACACCUUCAACCGCCUCGGGCACCGCAAACCCAAUCAGUCAUUCGCAAAACUCAAAGCGCCGUCGUGGCUUGGGUAUCGUGACACCCAAUGCUUGUACGGAAUGUCGCAAGAAGCGCGCAAAGUGUGACGGCCAAAAGCCAUGCGGGCGCUGUAAAGGACAAAAAGACGUCGAAUGUGUUUACGAGAUCCCUGUGCGACAGUCGAAAGAAAACCUGCGGUCCGAAAUUGAAAACCUCCGCCAACGGCAGCGUUCCAGCGAUCAAGUCUUUGCCGCGCUCGUCCGACCAGAGCUUUGGGAGGAGGUCUUGACUCGGCUUCGUGGUGGCCAGUCUGUUGAGACUAUAUCAGAAUGGCUCGGUGGCAUCCUACCCUCAGGCGGAGGCGCAAUACCUUCGUUCGCCCCGCGACCUGAAGCACCCACUAUGGGCCCUGUUGCUGGCUUUCCGGGCGGUGGACUUGGAACAUUGGCGGCCAUGAGCCUCGGUGUGAACCCUGUGGCAGCGCCACAGGGUUCGCUGAGGCCUGAGAUGGGCCAGCAUAGUCCUUGGCACUUCUCUUCUCAUAGCCAGGCUGGGUCGACUCGAAGCAACUCGCACCCAGACGUCAUGAGCUGGACGACGGACCUUAGAGGGCCGCCGCAGACUCGAGUAGGAUCAUGGGCAGAGGGCAUCCACCCAGACCAAAUGUCAGACGGCAUGCCGAGGUAUCGCGGCGUCGAGCAGGUUCUGUCACCAUUGAAUGAACCUGAGCUGCGAGCGCCGGCCACCACAUGGACGAACAUCACUCAAGAUAUUACCCUCGUACAGCACCUCUUGGCGCUUUACUUUUGCUGGGAGUAUCCCACCUUUGCCUCGUUAAGCAAGGAACACUUCCUGCAAGACUUUCAGGAUGGGCGAUAUCGAUACUGCUCGCCGAUCCUGAUGAAUGCUCUUCUGGCCCUGGGCUGUCGGUUCUCGACCCAGCCCAUGUCGCGUGCGAAUCCUAACGACCCCUACACAUCUGGCGAUCACUUUUUUAAGGAGUCGCUGCGACUAUUCGCUCAAGAGACAGAUCACCACUCUCUGACGACGAUCCAAGCGCUCGGUAUAAUGUCAAUUCGUGAAGCCAGUUGUGGACGAGACUCGGAAAGCUGGUAUUAUGCAGGUCAAAGCAUCCGGCUUGCCAUUGAGAUGGGACUCCACCGCAUUCAGGAUGAGGGGGACGAAGAUGAAAUCGCAGUUCAGUCGGCAACCUUUUGGGGAGCAUUUGCGCUGGAUCACGCCUGGUCCCUCGCCACGGGCUCAUUGCCUCAGUGUUCCUGCUUCCCUCACCUACCACCGAAGCCCGCGAUAAUAGGAGAUAUCGAGGCUUCUCUGUGGGUGCCCUACACCGACGACGGGGCUCCGCUGCAACGCUCAUGCCAGCAGCCAUCUAAUGUACGAUCCGUGUACAAGUGUUUUUGCGAAUUGAGUGUGCUGGUUCACCGAUCUCUGUACAUUCUACACUCUCCGGGCAGGCCCCUGACAUCUAGGGAUCUUUUGGACAUUUAUACCCAGUACCUGAACUGGUAUGAUCGGAUACCAGAGGUACUGCGGCUGGGGCACAACUUUACCCCAGCCGUUUUAUUUGCCCACAUGUAUUAUCACUUUGCGAUCUUACUGCUUUUCCGACCCCUAAUCAAGUUGCGGAUCAUCGGAUCCAAGGUCUCGCCGCGAGACGUUUGCUCUCAGGCAGCGGACGCCAUCCAAGGCCUCCUAAGGUCAUAUUCAUCCCUAUACACCUUGCGAAGAACUCCAUCCUUCGUCCCCUACUUUGUCCUCACAUCAGCCAUCAUGCAUUUGGCUAUUGGGGCAACAACGGUCAAGUCGGAUGAUGAGGAUGACGACAUGGAGAGAGAUAUGGAGAGGGCGGCAAAGAUCGACCCUCAUGUGGUGGAAUCAAUUACUCAGGGGAUCGCGGAUCUCACCGAAAUGGCUCCCUGCCAUCACUUUGCCGAGCAGGCUCUCAACAUACUACGCUAUCUCGCCCAGAAAUGGGACAUCGAAGUGGGCAUCAGCGGCGACAAGCUGACAGCGGAAGAGUACGAUCGGCUGGUGAAGCCGCACACAGGGAGCCUCAACUUCUUUGCGCCCAGCGUACGCGAGGGCGACAUUAUGUGUCAAUGGGGCACAGGUCAGUUCCUUGCAGGAGGCGAUGACACGGUCAGUGUCAAGAAGACGGGGGAUAGUAUGGAGAACCCUCUCUUCUGGCCAUUCCCGAUGCAAGGACGUCCUAUUCUGCCAAGCGGCAAAGAGCUGGAGCAGGCAGGCUUUGCGGUGAUAUAA